ACUGUGGGUCCAACUUUGGUCGGCAUUCGACGAAUCACCUCGAAUGUACCAGAGCAGAUAUUAGGACAUUCUUUUGACAAGGGCACUAGUCGUGAAUAGUCAACGUACUCUGCCAUCAUGGUAAAGGUCGAAUGCAGUCAAUGCUUCUAUUCCGUACCAACCCGCUUGUAUGACUAAAUGGUCUCCAUCCGACUAUUAUCCAUUCUCUGUUAGCCUCAACGGAUCCUCGCCGUCUCUUUUCUUACCGUAGAGUAACGUGAUCUAAUCUAAGGAGUGCUUUACACUCCAAUUUUCUCCCGACCUUUCGGGCAAUGGGCGUAUUCCUUCAUACCGCCGAUGCUGCGGCAAUGAUCAGGUCACACCCUCUUCACGCGCUCUCUCCAUUCUCUGACUACUUUCUCUGAUUUUGUUGUUCUAUUUUUCGUCUUCUGUUAUCCCCAGUGUACUAUCUAACUUUCUGGGGGAGUUGGACUCCAGGCACUGCCUCGAUUCCUUCUUACGACAACAAGACCCAUCUGGAAAAAUGAUAGGUUGCGAUACGAUUCACAGCCUCAUUCCAUAGAAUCGCUCACCACCGCCGGGCCAAUGGAUAUCUACCCGACGCAUCGCCGGUCCGGUGGUGUCGGUCCCUUCCCUUACAGUACCUUCUUUUCCUCCCUGGUUGUCUGGGCAUGUUACAAUCCUGUCUUGGCAGUCUUGGCUUUCCAGAAGCACAAAAACUCUUGGAAGAUACGAUGGGUUAGAUCGCUCGUUUGCACAAGCGAAGGGAUCCCGCGAGCCCAAGGGGGACAAGGUUCUCGUGGGUAUAUCGUCAGGCUAGCAAUGAUGGGAUUGGCAUGCACCCCGAUCACUGUUUUUUUUCUGGAGUCAGCGCAGCUUGAGGAACCUGGAGAUAAAGCCCCAAGUGCACAUGAUUACGACAUUGACCACUUCAAAUUCAGACACAACAUUUUGGUUGACUUACUGUCCAUCUUAAAACUCAGCGAACCACGAAGCGAUUGAUUUGCUCACGGGGUAGUCACGAGCGGUUCAGAAGGACAUGUUGAACCUAGGUCCUUGACAUCUUUACAUAACGCUCACCCGUCAGUUUUCCGCUGACUGAGCGAUGGAAAUAGGAUAUACAAGAGCGCUAAACUCUAAAUGCUACAAUAUAGAGCUGUCCAAUAA